AUGGCUCCCGCACCACCUGCCCCUCUGCCCGUCGCAGACAACUACGCCUCUCUCACAAACCGCAUCUCACUCUCUAUCGCCUCAAGAUCAUCGGUUCUAAAAAACAUGAACAGCAGUAUUACCGCUACACCCGUGCGACGCCGCGUCAUUCCAGACGACAACGACGACGAUCUCGCGCGAGGCACAAUACCCAACACCGGAGUCGGCUACGUCCCCGAGAGGAAAGACAUACAGAAAUAUGCAAACUCAAAGGAGGAGAGGUUUCUGAGGGGUAGAAUGGGCAAGGGCACUACGGGCAAGGCCAAGAAAAAGGUGGAGGAGAGCGAGAGCGAAGAGGAGAUGGGGAGGAGUGCGCUGGGAAAGAGAAAGAGGCCGCGAAAAGAGACUGCUGAACCUGAGCCUGUGCCUGAGCCUGAAGCUAUGCCCGAGAACCAGGUAUUACCUACAGCGACGGCUGAGAGCGAAGAGAAGAACGGGGAUGCAGCCGAGGUUGAAGCAGAUGUUGAAAUGAAGGACGAUGUCGCCAAGGAAGAGAGUGCGAUUCCUGAGAAGACGGCAGACAAGAAGCGUAGGAGGAAGAACAAGAAGAAGAAGCCAAAGACUGAAAAUGCAGAGACAGGGGCAGAGGCAUAA